GCAGAUCCCUCUCGAGGAAACCUCGCACCGAGGAUCAUCUACACUCUUCAUGGCCUCAGCAUUCUGCUGGCGGUUUUCACUCUUGGUGUCCUGGUUAUGCUGAUGAUACGGGGGUUGAAUGAAACGAAGAGGUCGGGUGCUGAUUUUCCGAUGGACAGUGUGCGAGCCGCGGGACUUUCUGAUGAGAUGAACAGUUCACUGGCCGAACUUCAUGCUGGGAUUUCACAGAUAGAUAACCUUGCAGUAAUCCUUGCGAAGAACGUCAUCACAGUCGCCGAACUUCGGGCUGAGAUUACAAAAUUGAAGGAGAAGUUGUCCCAGCAAUGGAUACGUUUCAAUGGAAGACUUUAUUACUUUUCAUCGGGUAAAAAAGAGUGGGGUGAAGCUGAAGACGUCUGUGCCAUGAUGAAAGCCAAGCUGUUGGUCAUUAACAGUAAUCUGGAGCAGACGUACAUUGGGCGGAAUGUGUAUUCUUAUUCCUGGAUUGGACUCCAUGACACUGCUGUGGAAGGCACCUGGCGUUGGGUGGAUGGGACACAUUAUGGCUCGAAUGUAAAGUUUUGGGGGAAAAAUCAAUCCGAUCAACAGGCGGGUGAAGACUGCGCUCUGAUGCAUCCCGACGGAACAUGGCACGAUUGGCCAUGCAGAUCCACCUUUUUCUUCAUCUGUGAAAAGCCAGAAGAGUGACACUUCCCCCCGUUCUUUACAGUCGGGACAAAACACACAGCCAGUCUGUCUGUAAAUGUCCCACACCUGUGUAACAAGUGAGCAGCCGUUAGCUGUGUUUGGCCAUAUGGGUGCGUAACCCUCCCUCUCCAUCCCUCCCUCUCCCCACUGUAUCCAAACUAAAGCAAACUGCUCAGAUUCUGCAUUGCUCCUUUAUUCUACACCAACAUCGUAAUGAAGCACCAUUCAGGUAUAUCCAAAGAAGCCACCUGAUGUUGCCUGCCCCACGGAGUUACUCCAGCACAUUGUAUUCUCUGUGGGAACGUCCUCUCAUUCCCGCACCCAAUCAUACCCUCACGCACCCCCACUCUGCAUUCCCUCUUUCUCCACCCCUCUCCCACCCUAGUCACCCUGCUUCUUCCACUGUUCACAUCCAUAUACCCCCUCGUUGUCACCUCUUACACAGCCAACAAUGGACCAUUGUGGGCUUCACCUUCCCUGGGUCAUCGGUGUCAGCUCUGAUGUUUUCUGAACAUUUUCAUACUUCCAGUUUCCCUCUCCCCUGACGCUCAGUCUGAAGAAGGGUCUCCAGAGAUGAUGCCUGACCCGCUGUUAUUCCAGCAUUUUGUGUCUAUCUUCGGUAUAAACCAGCAUCUGUAGUUCCUUCCUACACAAUAAAUGGAACUAAGUUAUCCUGUACUGUCGCUAUAUUAAGUUGUUCUGCGUUUCCCUGUUUUUGUUUUAAUUCUCGCACAAACUGUGUGCUUCAUUUGCCGGCUUCCAAACCAAGGGAAGUAUCCUGGGAUCUAAGGAAUUCUGGAAGAUCAAAAUCAAUGCACUUCCUCACUUAGCUACAGAGCACAGGACCAUGGAUGUUGGCAUAUUGUAAAGAAACCCUCUAACUAUUGCUAUGAAUAGUC